AUGGCUGUGGUCUCGAGCCAACCGAUGCUCACUGGCUCUCCGCAGCAGCUGCAGACUGCCACGUCCUUUGUCACAACUGGCCAACAUGCUCUUCCCGGUCCCUCUCGACGCGGCCGAGGCCGACCACCGGGUUCAUCUGCCGACCGGAACACAUCCCUCGACACCUCCCUGACCGCCUCAUCCACCAGUCCUGCUGCCUCCACCCGCACCAAAAACGGAUGUUGGUCAUGCCGCAAGUGCGACGAGGGGGCCUCUGGACGCCAGGGCUCGUGCGGCAACUGCACUCGUCUCGAGAUCGAUUGCUUGGGAUGGGGGGCUAAGCGUCCCGAGUGGAUGAAGGAUAAAACCCAGGUCGAGGCAUGGAAGGCUCGCGUUACCCAGAGUCUCAAGGACAAGGGUAUGAUUCGUGGUGUUCCUCGCACCAACCCCCCUGCGCCGCCACCGUUCACAUACAACCCCCGUGGUGCCCGUAACGUUACCCCUCCGGACUCCUCGGGCAGCAAUCCCAGUCAGAGUCUGAGCCCAGUCUCUCCCGUUAUCAACACUAUUCCUGGCGCAGGUCCGAUCCCCCGUACACUUCCCAAUACCACUAGUACUCCCCCUCGUGCCCAGCCAUCUGUGGCAAUCAAUACCAUGCUCCCGACCCCCGACAUCAACGGUCUUGUUCAUUCUCAGCAACCACUACACGAGCUCUCUGAAGAGUCUGACGAGGAAUAUGGCUGGGACAUUCCUGAUACCACCCUUUCCGAGCUUCCCCCGAGUCUCUUUGAUGGUCCCGCCCUCGGUGAUACGCCAAACCCCAUGGAUCCCAUCCAAGCUGUCUUUCCUCAACCAGAUACAUUCGAACAAGUCACUGUCUUUCCUGAAGUCGUUGGGGAGCUUAUUUCCCCAGGGGUCAGAGCUGGCACUACUGUCGGUUUCGUAACUCCGUAUGAGUUUGCCCCUCAGACAGGUGUUGCUCCCUCGGUCAUCUUUGGUCCCACUCCUCCCUAUGUCGGUUCUGAGAACGAGUGGUCUAAUUAUAAUGGGUAUCAACAGCAGCAGCAACAACAACAACAACAGCAGCAACAACAACAACAACAACAACAGCAGACCGAAUAUGCAACUAACGAGUGGGCAUCUACCAACGGAUACGCCUAUUCAAGUACUACGAGUGAUAUCCCCCCUCCGUACCAAGAGCAUCAAGUCCAGCCGUUCCAACCCCAGGUCCUGCGUACACCAACUGUUGGGCUCGACCAAGACCGACUGCGCAACAUGCUUAUCCUCUACUACUUCAAGCACGUCCGUCAGAUGCAGUACGUCUUUGCUGGAGACACCACCACCAAUGUCAUGUGGCACCACGCCCAAAUGGACCCACAGGGUGUCGUCUCGCUCGCACUCUGCUCCCUCGCUGCUCUGCAUGACUCGAGGAUGCGCAUAGCAAAUGGCAUCAUGCCCAACGAUCAGCGUGCACGUGGCCCAGCGGACAAGUACUACCAAAAAGCGCUGGCAAGGUUGCAAGAUAACAAGCUGCGUACCGGAAUACUCACGGAUGCAGAUGCCACCGCCGCGUUGCACUUUGUUUCGUUUUGGCUGUUUACGGGAGGCACGGGCGACUGGCCGACCGCGCUCCAAAUUGCAGGUGAUUGGUAUGAGCAGAGUAAUAUCACAAAGGACGAGAACCCAAUGAAGUCGUUGAUGGAGAUGAACGAAAACGCGAAGCAUGCAAGCAAGACGACAAUGUGGAUGGACAUUUUCUCGUCCAUUUCGCUCUGCAAGUCGCCACGCUUUUUGGGCCUUUACCGUCGAUUGUUGCAACCGAACACAUGGUACCCAACCGGCCAACGAUCUGGGCUUCAACUCGAGAAUGUCAUGGGAUGCGCAGACGGAAUCAUGCUCUGCCUGGCUGAAAUCGCCGACCUUGCCUACUGGAAGUCCCAACAACAGGCCAACGGAUGCCUUAGCAUGCCAGAGCUCGUGCGCCGGGGUCUCGUAAUCGAAAAAGACCUGAGACGCGAGGGCUACACGCUCUUCCGUCAGCAACAACAGGAGAACGGGAUGUGGGGUAGCGUCCCGCCUCGGGCGACAGCGACCCCGAGUGUUAAUCUGGACCUCCCGAACGGUCUACGGCUGGUCCCGGAGAUCAAGCGCGCGGUCAAGGACACGGUCGAGGCCCUCAAAAAGCUCCCGUGUAGCGAGUACGAUCGCAGUCUGGUCUUCCCGCUCGCCUUGGUGGGGUGUGCGACCGACGAGCCGGAGAUGAGAGAGUACGUGCGCUGUCGCAUCAAGCAGUUGAGCUCGGCCGUCGGGAACUGUGCCACUGCUGGAGAACUUAUUGAGCAUGUAUGGUCUCGGCGAGACAAGUCCCCUGGGCUCGUGCUCGGUUGGCGAGAGGCGAUGCAAGAGAUCAACAUGACGAUCUUAUCUCGUCCUGCCGUUUUAUCCGGGAGUAAAAAUGUCUCAAGGAUCGUCCAGCUGCGACGACCGUUUAGCCUCUACCCGGCGGUGGCCUCGAAGGAACACAGUCCCGAAACGAAGAUGACCAAUGAGGAUUCUAUAACGACCACUCCAUGCGCCCCGCCCAAUCCCAUAUCACCCGCUAAUCCACUCGCAACUCUCCGGGAACUGAUUACGGAUAAACGCCCAGUCGAUGUCAGCACGCUCGAAUCCACCUAUGUCGCAUGUCCCGCGCACCACCUCUCCUACCUAACGAAAUCAGAAUUCUCGGCUCUUGUGUCAGCUGCGAGCGCUCGUCCGGAAUUUGUCUUGAAGCUGUGCGAGGAUCAGUUGGGCGGGAAUGAUACUAAACCAGAGGAGACUACUUCGCCGGCGCCAAUAGAACACCUUACGAAUGCGCAAGCACAUUAUACUAAAUUGGCCAAGAACCGCAUGGGAGUGCAUCAUGCUUAUUUGGAACGACUUUUGCGCAUUUAUGAACAUAUUUCAUCGACUCCAACGCAUUCUCAAGUGAUUGGCGUGCUGCGCGGUAUCAUCUCCACCGUUCUCCAGUCGCUCUUUUCCAGGCCCCGGUUCCGGUUUGAAUCCCAUCUUUCCCAAGUUGUCUGGCACGCAAUCGCGUCGGUCCAGUUUGACCGAGCUCAAACCAGGGCGAUACUCGGCGCCCUUCGACUGCGGUUUUCCGGAACUGGUUCAGCUCGUGAUUCGCGAACCUGCGAUUCUGAUCCAAUGCAACAUCUUCUGCAGACUAUACUUGAUUCACCCAAAGCCGAUACGAGGAUUCAUAACGAAGUUUGUUCCAUCCUCCGCGAUUCACAGGCAUGGUCGUGGUUGAGGGCACUCGCCGGGGGACCACACGAGCCAUCUAUGGUGGCAGGCGCUAAUACCAGGCUGGCCGUUUUGGUAAUGCUGCAUCAACUCUAUGCUGAUACACCUUUAACCGGCUCGAAGUCAACGCUUACAUCACUCGAACAUUGUUGGAACGUGUGGAUGACCAUAUUGGGUGCCGAAGCUAUCUCUGCACAGUCCCUGCCCCAGACACAAUCGAUCGAGCCAUUCUAUCGUCCUUUCUCCGCCUUGCAGUGCGAUAUCAAAGACAAGAUCCACAUGGCUCAGCCUAGAAGUUUAUCCGUCGAACUCGGUGCUGCUUACGCUUGCACAGGCACUUCGAAUGUAUUUGAACUUUCAGCGAGGUUAUCAGCAGCAGGAUUCCGGUUAGACUCGAUCCGACUUCCGUCCGGGUACUUGACGCACGUGGUGGAUUUGUUACUCAAAUACCGGUUUGUGCAGGUCGCUCGGAAGGUUUCAAGCCAGGUACCGGCGGACUUGCCUCCAACGCUCAUUGCUUCUGUUGCCUAUAACUGCGCCGAAGCAGGGUACGUCUCCGAUGCCGCAUCUUUGUUAUGCGAUGCACGACUCGACGUCGAAGAACGACAUCGUAUUGCCCUCGAGUGUUUAUACCAGCUAAACAAACAAAGGGGUGUGCUGACACGACCUGUUGCAUUGCAUAUAUGCGAGGCUCUUGGUCCGGAUUUAGGUCGCACGCCGCCUAAUCUUCGUCCUAUCGCUGUUCGAAUGGCUUUGAAUGCUGGCCUUUUACGUCUUGCUGGUCUCAUGGGUGCCCAUUGGCAAUUGCAACCUCGACUUCAGCGCUUACUAGCCACCCGAUUAGUCAAAGCACGUCUCCCCGGCUCGCUUCCCAGGCAUUGGACCCACACCAAAAUUUCCGGAAGAGCGCGGCGAAGCCAUAACCGGCUCUCGUAUGGCGAAAUAAACGCAACACGCUUGGGGAAUAUACUUCUCAGUCGUUCGAGUGCGCGUCUUGGCGGACGUGCCCAGCUCCGAGCUACUUUGGCUACUUUGGCUCGGCUCCUUCGCGCCAACGGAGUUGCGUACGAGACAUCUUGGAGCAGCAAACGCAAACGUGCGCCAUUUCGGCCAGACGGUGUAACAUUAAACAUCAUUCUACGCGCGCUGGUGCGAUCCACUUUCUGUGUGUCAUCGAGUGAUUUAAGAACACUAUUUGAUUUACUAUCCCGUGCUGGCCGGUGUGGAAUGGCCAAAGUCGGCAAUCACUUCGGAACGGGAGCGGACUAUGUACUUGAUGGAUACGCGAGCAGCGCAAUCGCGCUGGCAAAGCUCGUCCCUCGAACGGAAGGACCAUGGGCAUUUGUCCGCUAUGUAAGACCGCUCUUACGGACGUUUGUCGCUGGACUACGAAUUCGGGGAGAUCAGGAGGGGGUCAAGGUGGUAAUGAAGGUUCUCAGGGCAGAGGAUUGGCACUGGAGAAGGGCGGGUUGGCAUAGCCCCGGUGGUCCCGAUUCAUAG